GCGGGCGGGCCCGUGCGGGCGGCGGCCCCCGCGGCGCCCGGGCCGGGGGACCUGGCGCGCCUGGGCGACGGGGAGCUGCUGAACGACGCCGUGCUGGACUGGUUCCUGGGCCGGAUGGCGAGGGGCCGGGCGGCCGCCGGCGUGCACGUCUUCAGCGCGCUCUUCUUCUCGAGGCUCUCCGAGGGCGGCCACGAGCGCGUCCGCACCUGGACGAGGCGCCUCCGGCGCGAGACGCCCGCGGGCCUCUUCUCCCGGGACUUCCUGCUG